CACCCUAGCCUUCACAACCUCCAAAAUGCCGGUCCGCUCUGCUCUCACUUGAAAUCCCGGUCCGUAAUCCGGUUCUCGGGACCCGACACCAUCAAAUUCCUUCAGGGUCUUUUAUCAAACGAUGUUCGGAGGUUUGGUGAACCCCCACGUGAAGGGAACUCCCCCAUUCCUACACCGAACGUGGCCACUGUCGUAGUUCCUCCUCUGUAUGCAGCUCUUUUGACGCCUCAAGGGAGGUUUUUGUAUGACUUGUUCUUGUAUAGGCCGCCCCGGCCUGAGGAGAAUCUGGACAGAACUGGGUCGGGUCCAGGUAGUGGGGCUGAUGGAUCGGUGGAGAUUUUGGCUGAUGUUGAUAUGUCGAUCUUGGAUGAGUUGUUGGCAACUCUUAAGAGAUACCGGUUGAGGUCUAAAGUAGAUAUCGAUAAUGUGGAAGGCGACUUCUGUUGUUGGCAGAGAUACGGUGGUAACCUUUCUGGAAAGACCCCUGCUGUUGAGGAACCAGAGGCAGCUUCAGUUGGUUGGGGCAGUGGUGUUGAUGGUUCUAGCAAGUCAGCUUCACAUGGCAGUGAUGUUGGAUGUCAAUGGUCCAAGGAUCCCAGAUUAGAUUGUCUAGGUUUUAGGGGGAUUUUUCCGUCUGGUUCAAUGCCACCUUUAGUUGAGUCUCAUAAAGCAACAGAUGAAAGAAAUACCUUAUGUGUAGUAGAGAAGGAGUUGCUGAGGGCUCAACUGAAAACUCCGAAAGGGGAAGCAAUUCCACUUGAAUACAAUUUUGCUGGGCUAAACGCAAUCAGCUUUGAUAAAGGGUGCUAUGUCGGGCAAGAACUUAUAGCACAGGUGAUCGACACUGUCUCUAAUAAGAAGCAAGGGAGUGUGACCACUGCACUAGCUUCCGGGGAGGUGUUUUGCGGCUUGACAUGCCUUCGAAGAUACAUUGGCAAUCCAGGGGCAGGAGGAUAUAAAGGUUAUGGCAAUUAG